AUGGUUGGACCGUUGGCUCUUUUCUGUCUCGAUCUCGGGCGCUGCCGCACAUAUCCUAGCAAAGACGACGUCACGCCCCCACUCCUGGGAGCUGCUUCUGAUCGGAUUCAUAAGGGCUUCAAAGUUCAGUUUUGCUCUCGUUCGUCUCAGUCGGACGACUCAGGAAAUAAGAACGCGCCUCAGCCCGCUCGGCCGAAACCUCCUUUGACCCCUCUCUCUUCUGCUACUUAG